AUGCAUGUUAAAAGUUCUAGCUAUCGCUUUAGGUACUCCGGGUUAGACACGCAAUUUUUAGCUAGAGAAAUUACCGGUUCCACGUUCGAGCUGAGUCGAGAAAAGGGACGCCCAAAACCCUUCUUACCGAAAAACAUCGAGCGCGCAUCAAAGUACCACGCGGAUCGGGGGGAAGACAUCACUCGAAUUGCGGGUUCGGAUCCUCCGGUGUCUGGAAGAUUGACGGCCUCGGGUGUGCAGGGGCUGAACAGAGUGGCAGGCGGUGCCGUCGUUGACAGAGCCGAGGAUACGGAAGACGACGGUGUUACUUCUUGUCAAUCUGAGUUGAUAACGUUCAGGAUGCCAUCGAGGCGUCUGGCCUCUGACCAAAAUGCAGGCAAGCGCACGAUGCCGCGAAGACUCAGAGACCAUGCCGAAAAACCCCAUAACCACCCCAAUGCUAAAUUGACGUUUGACCUGAGUAAUAUCAGAAGAAAACUCAACUUCGACAGGAAUUCCCUCGCCAAUAGCCAGAAGCUUGCCAAACGCCAGAGACGCGACUUUAUUGAAUGCCGAUGUCAUCUGACCAUAUGGGACAACCGUGACGGUGCCUCGACACUGCCACUCGUCACCGAAUCAUCUCUCUGUCGGGUAGGCCGCGUGCAAAACGGUAAAGAUGGAGCAUAUGUCUCCAUAGAACUAGAAGAACCGUUCAUCGUCAAGGUGUCAGCGCUCAAAGUUCCCACCAGCUCCCAUGAGAGUAAACCAGAUCUGGAAAUGAGCACCAAGUAUUUUCUUGAGGUCAAGAUUAUACCAUGCACUGCUGACACUGAAUGGCCUCCUAUACCCAUAAUGGGUGACAGCACUGGUGACCACUUUACCCCGGGCCUCAGGAAGCUGGGCGUUGAAGAACUGCAGGGGGCUCUUGUCGCAAGAUACACCCAUCUUCCAACAGCCCCUGACCGAAAGGCUCCGCUCAGUGUGUUUUAUCUGUCUGAAGGACGCACCUACCGGACAAAGUACGGCCUUGAGGUUAUAUCAACCUGGCACAAACCCGAAGUCUCCCCCCCAUCUAGCGGCAAGCAGAGUAGGGGAGUGGACAUGGAGACAUUUCGCUUCCAAAAGCCCAAAAAAUUCAUCUUGCCUACCAGGACGAAAAAGGAACAGCCAGCUUUGCCCGAGGAAGCCACGGAAGAACUGGAAGUACAUUAUAAGUUUUCGGAAACGAUGGUAGGAAGUACAGAUACUGCAGAGCACUUCCGCAAUACCGUGGUUCGGGGAUACGGCUGUCCAAUAUGCGUGGGAUGGGGCUCGAACAACAAACUGCAGGAACUUCUGUCACAUCUAGGAUCCGUGCACGCGGAAUAUGUCUUCUAUCCCUCGAAGCAGCGGCGAGACAGGAAAACAAAGCAGUUAACCCAGCUCGAAAUGAAGGUCGAAACUCUCAUGGGCAGAAAAAGGGCAGAGAAUGACAAGGCCUUUCCGUCAAAUAGAGCAGAUCGCAGCUCAACAGGGGAAGAGGUCCCUCUACAACCUCUUUUUAGCGGUAACAAGCCUUUCAGCUUUUCUGCACCAGUCAAGGCGGCUCCACGAUAUCCAUUGGCAUCCCAAAUUCCCGAUUUUCGAACGCCUAUGCGCAAAAAGUUCAAAGCUAUCCGCCUUCGGACAAUGUAUGAUGAGCCCGAACACGUCUGGACCUCCAUUACAAAUCGACCAGUCUCCCCCAGUGAAGAUCCACAGAGUGAAACAGAUGAUGAGGUGGACAACAGUUGGCAGAUAGACUUGCAUAUGGAGAAUCUCGAUAACCUCGCUCGCCAGAAAGGUUGGAGCAGAAGCAAGCGCGAGUUGACUAAAUGUUGGGACCGACACCGGAUGGAAGAACAACUCGAGCACUCGCGCUACGUGUCGAACUCUCUGAUUAGAUUUGCCAGAAAGCACAGAAAAUGGCUGAAGAAUGGGGACGAGGAGCUGUGGCAGGUCUUCUUUGACUUCUUGGCCGAUCUGAAAGAAACCGGCGUUAUCGAUGAUAACGUGGUUUCAGACGUCAAUGAGCUAGUUUUUCUAGGUCCUCCGCUUGCAGAAGAUGGAACAAGCACGUCCGAGCAGCAAGAAUCAGCCACGGUGAAAGCGAACACUCAAGUCAGUGAUAUUUCAAGAACGGGAGCUACCCAAGAUGCGGAGCCCGCAUCUCAGAGCACUGAGGCAGCCCAUCCACGAUCGGUGACUCCAGUAGACACGCCCAGUCCUGCCGACGAGCAAGAAAAGCCAGAGCAAGAAGAUGAGAGACGACGACCCAGUCCUCCAACGGAAUAUCACUGCGGAGCCUGCCUACAGCAGAUUGAGCGUGUGCACAGAGACGCGACUUACUGCACGGCUGAAGACUGCCCCUCGCCCAGCACUAGAUAUCACAAGGCAUGUGCCUUGGAUGAGCUGUCGGCCUGGAAUAGAGGCAAAUUGCCUCUUGAUGGGGGCGUCGACAGUCCUCUUCGAGAUUUGAGUCCAGCGGAGGAGCUGAAACUAAAGCACUGGGCAUGCAGAGGUUGCACUUUGAUGCGUUGGAUGCUAUGGAGAUUCACGGAACAGGAGGAGGAAGAAGAAGAGGAGGAGGAGGAGGAAGAGGAGGAGGAGGUAGUAGAAGAACCAUCCGUUCCGGCACCGCGGGUGAUUCCAGUGAGAUCAAAGAAGAGAGAAGAGGUGCCGCUGCUGAAAAUAGCUGCCAAGGGUUCCUGGCGGCAGAGACAGAGGGGAAGGGAAGCAGAAGAGGCCAAGGCCAAGGCCAAUGCAGAAGGCAAUGAAGAGGGUAAUGGGAAAGGCAAAGAGGUAGUGAGGGACGUGGUGAUCCCAGGGAAGUGCAGAACCGAGACUCCGAACGAAGAUGGCCCGAGCAUGCCAAUGGACAACACAGAUGACACUCCCUUUGAGGACAGAAUGGACCUUACUACCGGGUGCUGCUCAGACAUUGCAAUUGGGACCGGGGAGGGACCUUCUGGUCUAAACAGAGCGGACACACGGGUCAGAAAGAGAUCUCGCACUCCCGCGGAUGACAGAGUGGUCAAUCCAGGUCGAGGCAGGUCUCGCACUCCUCUUGGAAACAGAUCAGGGAAUCCCAUCAGGAAGAGGCCGGGCACUCCUAUCGCGGACAGAAUGGGUCUCUCCACACGGGUGAGGAUGAGGAUGGGCAGUCCCAUGCGGACGGGAAAUCUGCAAUCAAGACUCAAGGCCGCAGGCGCAGGGCUGACGUUGAAGUCCGGGUCCAAUGCGCAGCAAAAGGCAAAGGUGGCGGCGAGAGUCCUCGCCAAAACGGGGCGAAUCGGUCUCUCGAAUCUGCGCUUUGCCGAGUCGGUGCCUGAUUGA